GUUACCGCCAGCGAGAGGGCUGGAGAGCGAGCUCCGGGUAAGUUGUCUCAAACCGCACUGAAGCUCAGGACAUGUGCAACGACGAAGCCGGGCGAUGUCCAUGUCCGUGAAAGUAGCCAGGAAUAAUGUGGUCCGGAGAAGCCAUCUCAACCUGUCCGGACUUCGCCAGCAGCCCAAUGAGGAGCGGCACACGCCUGGUGAUACAGGCAGCGGGUCCCAGGAGAUAGAGCAACACGGCGGCGGCGGCAACUCGGGACAGCAGCGCAGUUUGGAUAGUAGCAACAUUCAGGCCAUGCACCGGAGACAUACUACCCUGCGUGAGAAAGGAAGGAGACAGGCCAUCCGAGGUCCAGCCUAUAUGUUCAAUGAGAGGGGUAAAAGCCUGACGCCUGAAGAAGAACGCUUCCUGGAUGCAGCGGAGUAUGGGAAUAUACCAGUAGUACGUAAAAUGCUGGAGGAAUCAAAGACUUUGAACUUCAACUGUGUUGAUUACAUGGGGCAGAAUGCUUUGCAACUUGCAGUGGGAAACGAACAUUUAGAAGUAACAGAGCUUCUAUUAAAAAAAGAAAAUCUUGCACGGAUCGGUGAUGGACUACUUUUGGCAAUUAGCAAAGGUUAUGUGAGGAUAGUAGAAGCAAUUUUAAAUCAUCCAGCUUUUGCACAGGGACAUCGACUAGCCAUCAGCCCUCUUGAACAGGAACUACGUGAUGAUGAUUUCUAUGCUUAUGAUGAAGAUGGUACACGUUUCUCCCAAGAUAUCACUCCUGUUAUCCUCGCUUCUCAUUGCCAAGAAUAUGAGAUUGUACAUAUACUUCUACUGAAGGGUGCACGGAUUGAAAAACCCCAUGACUAUUUUUGCAAAUGUAGUGAAUGUGCUGAGAAACAAAAACGAGAUUCUUUCAGCCAUUCCAGAUCAAGGAUGAAUGCAUACAAGGGAUUAGCAAGUGCUGCCCAUUUGUCUCUGUCCAGUGAAGACCCAGUCCUUACGGCUCUGGAGCUAAGUAAUGAACUGGCACGGUUAGCCAAUAUAGAAACAGAGUUUAAGAACGAUUACAGGAAGUUAUCUAUGCAAUGCAAGGAUUUUGCUGUUGGUGUGCUAGACCUGUGCCGGGACACAGAGGAAGUGGAGGCUAUUCUUAAUGGAGAUGUGGAUUCUGAGCCUCAGGGAGAUCAUCACAGGCCAUCUCUGAGCAGAGUGAAACUUGCCAUUAAGUAUGAAGUUAAGAAGUUUGUUGCUCAUCCUAACUGCCAGCAACAAUUGCUUACAAUUUGGUAUGAAAAUCUCUCAGGCUUACGUCAACAGUCAAUUGCUGUGAAGUGCCUGGCUGUCUUCGGUGUCACCAUAGGGCUUCCAUUUCUUGCAAUUGGAUACUGGUUUGCUCCAUGCAGCAAGCUGGGACAAAUUUUAAGAAGUCCUUUUAUGAAGUUUGUAGCACAUGCAGUUUCAUUCACCAUCUUUCUAGGACUUCUGGUGUUAAAUGCAUCGGACAGAUUUGAAGGGGUAAAGAAUUUGCCCAAUGAAACUGACACAGACAACCCAAGACAGAUCUUCAGAGUGAAAACUACAACAUUUACCUGGACUGAAUUAUUAAUAAUGAAGUGGAUUCUAGGUAUGAUAUGGACAGAAUGCAAAGAAAUUUGGGCAGAAGGACCCAAAGAGUAUGUCAUGCAUCUGUGGAACAUUCUAGAUUUUGGGAUGUUGUCUAUCUUUGUUGCCUCAUUCACGGCAAGAUUUAUGGCAUUUCUAAAAGCUUCUGAAGCACAACGCUAUGUGGAUAUGCGCAUAAAUGUCAGUGAUCUCUCCAAGGCGUCACUGCCUCCAGAAAUUGCAUACUUUACUUAUGCUAGGAAUAAAUGGCUUCCAUCUGAUCCACAGAUCAUAUCAGAAGGACUUUAUGCAAUUGCCGUUGUAUUAAGUUUCUCCCGAAUUGCUUACAUUCUACCAGCAAAUGAAAGCUUUGGCCCUCUGCAGAUCUCCCUGGGAAGAACUGUGAAAGACAUUUUCAAGUUCAUGGUUAUAUUCAUUAUGGUGUUUGUUGCUUUCAUGAUUGGAAUGUUUAAUCUUUAUUCAUACUAUUUGGGAGCAAAGUAUAAUCCAGCCUUUACAACUGUUGAAGAGAGUUUCAAAACCUUAUUCUGGUCAAUAUUUGGCUUGUCAGAAGUGAUAUCUGUUGUCCUCAAGUAUGAUCACAAGUUUAUUGAGAACAUAGGGUACAUUCUAUAUGGAGUGUACAAUGUUACGAUGGUGGUGGUGCUGCUCAAUAUGCUAAUAGCUAUGAUCAAUAGCUCUUAUCAAGAAAUUGAGGAGGAUGCAGAUGUUGAGUGGAAAUUUGCUCGAGCUAAGCUCUGGCUAUCUUAUUUUGAUGAAGGGAGAACCCUGCCAGCUCCAUUUAACCUCGUGCCAAGCCCAAAGUCAGUUUACUACUUUAUAUUAAAAAUUAAAAUCUGCCUUAUUCAUUUGUGCAAAUCCAAGGUGCAAAAAUCUGAAGCUGACCUUGAAAUGGGUAUGCUGAAUUCCAAGCCUAUUAGCAAUCCAACAAGAUAUCAGAGGAUUAUGAAGCGGUUAAUAAAGCGAUACGUGCUGAAAGCACAGGUUGAUAGAGAAAAUGAUGAAGUUAAUGAAGGGGAACUUAAGGAGAUCAAACAGGACAUUUCUAGUCUUCGCUACGAACUCCUGGAGGAAAAGUCACAAGCAACAGGGGAGUUAGCACAUCUCAUUCAGCAACUCAGUGACAAAUUUGGCAAAAACUUGAAAAAUAAUUGA